CACCAACGGCGAAGGUUGUGUUGUUACGUUUUGGCGACUCGUCUCUGCCGUCAUUUUUCCCUCGAUCGUUUUUCUCGUAAUUGUGUGUCGAAAUAUCUGUAAGAACCUUUUUCAUCGCGAUGUGUGCACGCGUUACGUACUCGUCGGUGAAACACCGUGUGUUUACUUUUUAUAGAUAGUUCGUCUGCUAUGAUACCCACUAGAAGAAGAGCUUGACUCGGAACACGUGUUAAAAUUCAAAAAUUAUACUGAUGUGAAUUGAACACACCUUGAAACAGACAAUUGAAAGAGAAAAACAGUGAGAAAAAGAAAAUUAUAGUAAUAUGCAGCGGAUAUGGUUUAUAGAGAACAAAGAAGCAGAGGAAUCGAAGCAGCCAGAGGCACCACGUGAGAUUAACUUCAUCGAGGUGGCGGCUGAACAAACAUCAGACAUGAGGGGAUCUAAAAGGGAUUGGAUUUUUAGAGUUCGGGUGCACAAGCUGGAGAAAAGUGAAGUUUUAUACGUGGUGGGUAAUUUACCUGAACUGGGUGCUUGGAAUCAUAACCAGGCAAUUCAGUUGUCGCAAGAACAUGGCAGUCGGGAUUCUCCUAUGUGUUUUGAUAAUAAUAGUAGUGGGGAAUAUUACAGUGAUGAUGGACAUAAUGCAGGAGACAUGUUUCGCGAUGAAGAUGAAAGUGGGCAAAUAUUUUCACAAAAAGUUGCACUCCCCAUCGAUACUGAUGUGGUGUUUCGAUACUUCGUUGCCGUUAUUUGUCAAUCUAACGGUACUAAAAAUUCGGCCAAGACUCUCCUCAUUCGUAGAUGGGAGACUCAUAUGAUACCACGUGUGAUUAAGAAAAACACACCUAGUAAUUUUACUAGCGAUUCAUCAUUGCCAGAUCCAGACAAGUUUGGUUAUUAUAAUGGGUACUGUAAGAUUGAACGCGGAUGGUUGACAGAUGAAACUGUGAUACAAUUUAAGCUUUUUAAUAAUCCAAUUAAACUAUGGAAGAACCGAUUACAAAAUAGAAAAGUUCACAUUAAAAUGACACCUGUAAAUCUGGUUAGACACAAUUCUCUAGAAUUACAGCAAUUUGGAGGCGAUUGUGUAGAUGAUAGUCUUUCUAUGGAUACUCAGGAUGUUAUUGAUCAACCUGCUUUCAGUAUUACGGAAAUUGCUGUGAUGAAUGAUGAAGAGGAGGCUCGUUUCAAGAUUCAGGAACAAUUUGGCCGAGCGUAUAACGAAGAUGAAUUUAUUGUCUUCAAUGUUGCAGUUCGAUAUCCGGAAACUAUCGCAUAUUUAGUGGACUACUACGUGUACAGCUCAAGAUGUUUCCCAGGAGAACCACCCAACCAUAUCGGUUUCAGCUACAUCUUGCCUAGUACAUUGCAAUCUAGCGUUGGGCUCUUGACAGUACCAAUUACAAGCACGAAACAUAGACCAAUUGGACAACUUACAGUGGAAUAUGUUGUGAUAAAACCAAUUCCGGAUUAUCCGUGGGAUAUGAAUAUUUCAUAUGCAAAACAUUGGGAACAACGGUGGUCUGGUUUAGAUGUGGGGCACAGGGGGCUAGGCACAUCUUUUCAAACAAAAAAUUGCGCAAAUGUACGUGAAAAUACAAUAGCUUCUCUAAAGACUGCGUCACAUCAUGGCGCUGACAUGGUUGAGUUUGAUGUGCAGUUGUCCAAAGACCACGUACCUGUUAUUUAUCACGAUUUCUUUGUAUCCAUUUCACUAAAACGCAAGAAACAAAUAGAAGCUAUGGACAUGCUGGAAAUACCUGUUAAGGACCUUACAUUAGAGCAGCUACAUUUAUUAAAGGUUUAUCAUGUGGCCGAAGGCCGAGAAAAGAAUCCAAGAUUUUUUGACGAAGAUCUAGAAGAUCAUCAGCCUUUCCCCACACUUCAAACCGUACUACAAGAGUUGGAGCAACAUGUUGGCUGUAAUAUAGAAAUUAAGUGGACUAUGCAGCUGAAGGAUGGCACGUUCGAGUUGAACCAUCCUUUCGAUCUCAACCUGUAUUUGGAUACUAUACUGAAAGUCGUACUGGAAUAUGGGGGGAAUAGAAAGAUUGUUUUCUCGUCCUUUAACCCAGAUAUUUGUGCCAUGAUUCGUCUUAAACAGAACAAAUACCCGGUAGUAUUUCUGACACAAGGCGUGACUUCAAAGUACCCCACUUACCACGAUCCGAGAUGUCAAACGAUACCGAUGGCUGUUAGGCACGCUAUAGCUGCCGAUAUCUUAGGAAUUAACGUCCACACAGAAGAUAUUCUUAGGGAUCCGUCGCAAGUUAAUUUUGUAAAGGAAGCCGGAUUAAUUAUUUUCUGCUGGGGGGAUGACAAUAAUGACAAAGCCACCAUCCAGCAUUUAAAGAAACUUGGAUUACACGCAGUUAUUUAUGACAAAAUCGAUGAGUAUAACGCAAAAGAAGUCAAAGAGAGCAUAUUCCUGAUCGAUGCUAGGGAAAGCCAAAAGGCGCUGAUUGCUUUGGCGCAGUGCAAUCAAACUGGUCAGCCGCAACAAACUUGCCCUCUCAAUUCAGAAACGGAUUAUUACAUGGACGUCAACAAAUCGCGAAACAUGAUUACAACUACAUCAACUGCGACCUCCCACUCGACAUUUGGUAAGAAUACUAUUGAUGGCGAUAAUACAUCAUAUCCCAUGACAACUGUUAAAUUACCAAGUACAUGUGACCAUCAGGAGAGCAAAGAGAUCAGUGAAAUGGCGAAAGAUUUUAGCGAUUGCGCAAAGUCCUUCGGCUACUCGGUAAAAGCUAAAAGCAUCUCAGACUUAGUUUGCGGACAAACGACGGCGCUGCCCGAGUUUUAUGGAGAGGACGAGUCUGCGAAAGAUUGUCUUUGAUGUUUCUCUUUUAAGAAGCCGUUUAUGUCUUGGUUUUGAUACGGAAGGCAUUAUUUAGAGGAGGACCUAUCACGAGAAAAGGGAGAGACCUGAAGGAAACGUUUUGUAACUCAUAAUUUACUAUAAUACUUUACGUCAAAGGGAUUAAACGAUUAAGGUUCCCCGCAAGUCCUAAGAUCCAGAAAAUCCGGAUCGUCUUAAUGGCCAUUACGCAAAAUUUAUACGCAGAAUAGUGCAUAAAAAGACGACCGCUUGUUGUACAUUUCGAAAUCAUUUUAUCAUUCCUGCGAUCGGUCGACUUAAUUGUCCAUUUGAUAUGUUACAUCCUAUUUUGACUGUAGAAAAAAAAAAAAAUUGUUAACUCCUUUUAUUUUGUUCGUGGUAGGGGUGAAUACCCGAGUUGCAAGUUUUUAGUACAAAUAUCUCCAAUAUUUUCACUUAGUUCGUAAAAAAAUAUCACCUUUCAUAUUUUUUUUUCCUUUAUCGAUUGAAAAUUUAACUUAAACUAGAUGACAGUUAAGCGACAUUAAAAAAACUAUAUGACGUUAUGAGUAUGUACUUUUUCUAUAGGUUAUCGGAAAAGAAACAAAAGAGAACAUGAUUGCUUCUGACAGCUUGAAAUUAAAGAGCUGCAGAUUAUUUUUGUGUAUGUAAGACAUGUCACGUUCAUUUAUUUAUGUUUAAAAAUAUUUGUAAUAUAACAUCUUAGAAAUAGAAAAGAUUAACCGAAAGAUCUUUGUUAAAAGUAUCUUUAUCUGCGAAUGUAAACUCGGUAUGAUUAUAAACAGAAAAGAAGAUUAUUUUUCGUCCAUAUUACGUAGUAUGAUGUUUGUUACGAUUAACUUAAUUAUAUGCAUAUAGUGAUCAUUUUAGAAAAUUCAAAAUAACUUUCUUUUUAUUACGAAACAAGUACAAUCUUAAACAUUUGAAAUUCAUACAUUCGCUUUAUAGGUACAACUUUUCUGUCCUGGACUCCGAUGUCCGAUUAAUCUUGUAAUAACUGCAUCAGUGACAAAACAAGUAGCACGCAAUUAUCUUUUCAAAGUUUUUACCAGAGAAGAUAAUUUAUACCACUUUACCGCAUUGGUAGGACGCUAUACGAUUAAAGAAGAGAGCGAUUGUAUCAAUCGUUAAGAUUCUGGCAACAUACAGAAUAUCUGUUGAUGGUUUAAAAAAGUAUUCCACAAAUAUGUUAUGGGAUCCACAUAUGAUUUAAUUGCACAUAUUACCGUGCGUAAAGCGUGGUGGUUGCUGAUUCUUUCUAUUGUCAUAGAGGCUAUGCAUUGUAAUAAACCAGUUAACGGAUAUUAAUCGGUUUGAUAAGUUUAUAAUUAAUACAUUGGUAGAAUUUUGCAAAUUCCGACACAUAGGUUAAUGCGUUACAGUCUUCGAGUGUACACUGAUAAACUUGAUAUAUAUUUCAGAUUUCUAAUUACGUGUAUGUUUUUAUCUCUCCCUGUUAAUGAUAAAGUGAAUACGGAAGAAGUGAUUAUAAAUACAAUAAUCAAACGAUUUUGUAAAAAUUCUACAAAUAUCCAGAAACGUAAAUAAGAUAUUAUAUUUUUGCAUUUGCAAAUUUGAACCUUCUAACUUGAUUACUAAGAGUACCUGACUUAAAAGUAGUUAUCGAAUCUAAUAUAUAGUGAACGCAUUAUGGGUAAUUUAUUUCUCACUGCAGCAAGAAUUUACCAAAAGUCGAAUAAUUAAAUGAAUUACAAAUAAAUUUUAAUACAAUGAAUGCAGAAAUCAGAGCGCCAUACCGGUCUUUCUAUUCGUUUUUAUUCACAAGUGCAUAUAAUAAAUUAUUAAUGAUUUUAUGAGAGACGAAUUAAUAUUAAUGAAGUACUUCUUGUUUUCUGUUUUGCUAAUUUACAUUUUAAAAAUUGAUCGAAUCAUUCAUUGAAAUCACCUUAGUUAUUUAAACAGUAUUUGUAAUU